CAGAGGUCUUUGCGCCGGGGCGUUGCCGUGGAAGCAGGGUAGGUGCGCAAAGGGAAGCUGUGGAGGCGGUAGCACUCUGGCGCUGCAACUAGCAGGGAUGUUUGGACUUCUGGUCCUCCUUUUCUUCCUCUUCCUCCUGUUCGUGGCUGCACCUCAAAUCAGGAAAAUGCUGGCCUUUGAGAUGUGCACAUCUACUGUCCAGCUUCCUGGGAAGGUCGCGAUAGUCACUGGAGCUGACGUAGGCAUCGGAAAGGAGACAGCCAAAGAGCUGGCGCGGAGAGGAGCCCGCGUGUAUUUAGCUUGCCGGAAUGUGCAAAAAGGGGAACUAGCAGCCAGAGAGAUCCAAGCCGUGACAGGGAACCAGCAGGUGUUGGUGCGGAAGCUGGACCUGGCUGACACUAAGUGUAUUCGAGCCUUUGCUAAGGACUUCUUAGCAGAGGAAGAGCAUCUCCACAUUUUGAUCAACAAUGCAGGAGUGAUGAUGUGUCCCUACUCCAAGACAGCAGAUGGCUUUGAGAUGCACAUAGGUGUGAACCACCUGGGUCAUUUCCUCCUGACCCAUCUGCUGCUAGAGAAACUGAAGGACUCGGCUCCCUCAAGGGUAAUAAAUUUGUCGUCCUUGGGGCAUCACCUGGGAAGGAUUCACUUCCAUAACCUGCAGGGCGAGAAGUUCUACCAUUCGGGACUGGCCUACUGCCAUAGCAAGUUAGCCAACAUCCUCUUCACCCGGGAGCUGGCCAAGAGGCUGCAAGGCUCUGGUGUUACGACAUACUCUGUACAUCCAGGCACAGUCAGCUCUGAGUUAUUUCGGCACUCAUCUGUCAUGAAAUGCAUGUGCUGGCUUUUCUCCUACUUCUUGAAGACUCCUCAGCAAGGCGCCCAGACCAGCCUGUACUGUGCCCUGACAGAAGGCCUUGAGGUUCUGAAUGGGAGUCAUUUCAGUGAGUGCAAAGUGACAUGGGUCUCAGCCCAGGCUCGUAAUGAGACGAUAGCAAGGCGGCUUUGGGAUGUCAGCUGUGACCUGCUGGGCCUCCCAGUGGAUUGACAGGUGGUGGCAUUUGGAUCCAAAAGAAGAGCGCAGCAGCUGAUGCAGUACUCCCUGCCAAAAUGAUCCUUCUCCAAGGUGGCCAAAGAGAGCACAAAGAACAGAACCUUCCAGCCUUGCUUGAUGGUGUCAGUAGCAUCCCAGCACCCUGGCCAGAUUUGUCUCAACACCUUACAUUUGUCUAGACCCACUUUUUUCUUCUACUGCUGGAGUUUUCUGUUCCUAUCACUGGAUAAAAUGACCUGCAUACCUCGUAUUUUCUUUCGAAACUUACUCCUGUGUCGGAGAAUCUGUGCUCUGGCAUAGCUGAUAUCUGGGGAUGUGGACUAGUUUAUCCUCUUUUUGACACUGUAGUUCCUCCCAACCAGAAAAAUUCUUCAAGAGGGGGCCAUGUUGGAACCUUGGCUGAACCUCACAAGUCACAGUGGCUUGUUUUAAGAGCAGAGCUUCAUGGCACCAACAUCAGAAUUCUUCAGGUAACUCAUCACCGAAUCUGUAUUAUGGCCUGACUUUAGCUCUGACAACCUAGAGCCGUUGCUGCUGAGAUGUUUUCCCACAUCUAGACCACAGAGCAGCUGCCUUUCCUAAGAUGCUGUGGCAUUUGGGGAGGACAAAAUAAAAAUCAAGUUAAACUGUCAUGUUCCUCAGAUGAAUAAGGAGAUCAAUAAAGUAAUAAAAGGUGCACUAUAACAA